AUGGCUUUUCAAUACAACGGAGGAUCCAUCGUCGGUAUGUCGGGCGACAACUGUGUCUGCAUCGCUUCCGACAACCGAUACGGCCAACAGCUUCACACAAUCUCAACUGACUUUCCCAAAAUCUUCAAAAUUACAGACAGAAUCUUCAUUGGUCUUUCGGGGCUUGCUACAGACAUUCAGACAGUUUUGAACAAGAUCAAGUACAGAGUGAACAUGUAUGAGCUGCGAGAAAACAGAAAGAUGAGCGCGAAGUGCUUUAAGACCAUGGUGUCCAACUUGCUUUAUGAAAGACGAUUUGGGCCUUUCUUCGCCGAGCCAGUCAUCGUCGCUCUCAAUGAUGAUGGUUCUACCAUGCUUUGCGGAAUGGAUUGCCUUGGCGCCGCUGAAUCGCCAAAAGACUACGUUGUCGCUGGAACCGCAGCGAACGAAAUGCAUGGCCUUGCGGAAGCUUACUGGCGCCCUGAUAUGCCAGCGGAAGAGCUUUUCGAAUGCGUCUCACAAACCAUGCUCUCUGGUUGCGAUCGAAACGCUGCAUCCGGCUGGGGAGCCACUGUAACCAUCAUUCAAAAGGACAAAAUCAUCACCCGCAAGCUGAAGGCGCGAAUGGACUAG